AUGCCGUCGCGCCGCCGCGGAUCGUCGGGCUUCCGCGGCGUCCGAGCGCGUCUGAAUGGGACGUUCUACGCGGAGAUUCGCGCCGGCGGCUUCCACGUCACCCUCGGCACCUUCAACACGCCGGAGCUAGCGGCGCACGCCUACGAGGCGGCCACGUGGCGAUUCCGGCGGUCGCGGCGCGACCUCAACUUCCAGGACAUCGAGUCGCUGGAGGAGGCGGAGUUUUUGGUGCCCGCGCCGCGCCGCGCCUCGUCAGCAAGGACUUCCUUCAAACAUCUGCAACAGAGGCGCAAUAAUCUGGUGUUGCAAAACCAAUUUCGCGCGCGCUGCAAAUACUUAGCGCGCGUUGCGCCGAAAUCCCUUCCAUCGGACGCGCUAUUUCGCAGCGCGGGUGAUCCGUUGAAAAAACGCCCGCAGCGGAAGCGCUAA